CUCCCUCUUUAACCAACUCCCUCCCUCCUUUUUUUGCCUCUCUCCACCCCUCUCUCUGAUAUUUUCCCCCUAACCACCACACGGACUUCACAAGGCUUCCAGAAACCCUGACCAACCAGUUGCGACCAGACCCAGAUACAGAGUGCUUCUAGUGGACUCCGGUGAGCCAAAUCCUGACGUUCCACACUUCUGUUCCUGGAACCCCCUCAGUCGGCCUAACUCCAACGCCUCUCCGCACAACAGCCAGCUCUACCCACGGAGCGACUGGUCACUUCCUGUCCACCACUAGUCCCAUCCUGUCCGUUGACCUCACGCCAUCACGCCUCCAGUCACUUCCUCUCCACCAAAACACUAGUUGGCGCUCCUCCCACUUCUACGCCCUCUUUUCCUUUAUUCUCUCCAUCUUUCCCUCUCUCUGUCUCUCUCCCGCUCUACUAAUAUCAAGUCACAACAGCCCCCCCUCCCUGCACCCCCCCCCCCCCAUCACAGAGACAACUUUGCCCCCAAUCUCUGCCCCCAAUCUCACCACAACCCCUGCCCCCCACCCCUUUCACUGGCCAGCUGUCCAUCACCACCAAUCAGGCAUGGAGAAAGUGAGUCACAUGACGCGCAACGCCAUCCGCCGGGCGUCCACCAUGGAGAUCCCCCCGCACGCCAAGCGCAACAUGCAGGAGCUCUUCGUCAACUUCUGUCUCAUCCUCAUCUGCCUUCUCCUCAUCUACAUUAUCGUCCUAUUGAUCAGCCUAUGAACUGCAACAGAGAGGAUGGUAUUGACCGCCCUUCCGUGAAUCGACCAAUCACCAACUCUUCCUGCCAGUAGUCUUGACUGUGGAGGCCUGCUUCAAGCUAUCUGACCACCACCACCACUCUUCCACAACACUCCUCCUGCUACUGCUACAAGAAAACCUCGUCUAACCUCGUCUCGCCCGAGAUCUCGUCAGCCAGCCAUCUUGCAACCAUCCCCUGCAACCUUCCUCGGAGCCAUGGAUCUGGUGAACAACCGUGGGCUGAACCUCAUGCUCAACUUCCUGCUCAUCGUGGUGGUGCUACUUCUCAUGCUAAUCUUGGUCAGACUCAUGUGACGUGCCCCAGCCAAUCAGAUCAUGACGUAAUGUGUGGGGCAGGUAGUGAGAUGGGCGGUGAGGAGGUAGAUUGGUUAUGUAGAGGGUGCAACCUAAUCAAGAUCAUUUCUCUUUCUUUAUUCUCCUACUUUCCCCUCAAUCACUCGACCACUAACAAUUUGUGAUAUUGGGUCAUUCCAUCCUAACACUGAAUAAAUUGGGUAUUAAAAAAAACAAAAAAAACAUUCUCCAGACCAGAUCAAGAACACAAAUCUUGCCAUGACAGCCAUACAAUUAAUAGUAUAUUGACAUUUCCAUGUUAUGCAUUGGUUAAAUUAAUUUCCAAAUACAUCUUAGAAUACAAAUCAUUAAAAUCUAGUCACACCUCACUUCUAAGUGGAAGAGUCAAUCUUAUCCUACAGACGUACUGCCCUCUACUGGUAGACUAAGGAAAGCAAAAGCAAAAGGCCAGAAUCCUCCCCUGUAUCAGUCUGUAGUGGUGGCAAGGUUUUAGGCCGAGGAGAUCAUUGUAUAGGAAAGGAGGGAGAAUGAGAAGCAUGCUACACCAAAGAUUACACUGGGAGGGCUGUGAAUGAUGGAAAUAGGAAACCUCUUUUAACUAUAGCAAUUGAUGGAAUGUGCUAGUUUGACAAAUAGCUUCUUAGGCACGCAUCCUAUGAGUGUGAGUGGGUGCUUUGAGUGUAUUGGGAGAUUUGGAUUUGUAUAGCGUCUACGUAAGAGAGAAAAAAACAAAAUGAAACUAAACUGAGUGUGAUGCGAGACACAGUGAAACUCAUGCUGUGGUUUUGCUGUCCGAGAGGCUUGCCUAAGGUAUGAGCUACUACACCAGGCGCGUAACUGAAGUGUUCCGUUCGCGUAGCGUCUGCUGCAACAAUUAGCUGCCACUAUAAUCAAAGCGGCGCGUACGUUGGAAUAAAAUAGACCAGUCUUUUAAAAUGGAUUUUACGUGUCGCGAACGGAACACUUCAGUGAAGCGCCUUGUGUGUACUGUAGCUCUUGCCUAAGACCCAAAAUCCAUCCCAGGAUCCCGAAUCCCAAAUCUGUGUCUGGAGGGUUGCUUGGUGUCAGUGUGUUCGUCCUCACGCUCCCCUCACGCCCUGCUGGGAUUAUAAAACACGAGUUGCCAUCUUGGAGGCUGCACAUGAUGGACAUCCCCUCAAGUCUUUUUCACUUUAGGUGUGAUAUUUGGAGAAAAAAAAAUUGAUUUCAUAAUUCCCAAGUUAGGCUGACCACUGAGGAUAUGCGGUCACUUCAUAGUCCAUUAUGGACUUCCGUCACUGAGUGAUUUUUUAUAUGCAAGAAUAAAAUGGGGGUUUUCACUGCACCUCAUAACUGUACCUCACUUAACGGAUGGGUUUAAUUGAAUAAUAAUAUUGCAUUUCGGAAUCAAAAUAUGAUUCCCCCAAGAAGCAGGUGAGAACGAACCUUGCAUCUGACAUUUCUCUUUGCGCUCCGAAAAUCAGUUGAACCUAAAAGCAGUUGAACCUACCCGAAAUUCCGAAAUUCCGACUUCACAAAUUGGCAGUAGGAUCUUUCGACUAGCACAUGAAGGCAGCCAUAGUGUGUAAACUUAAAACUGAAUGAGGAUUUCCAAUCGGGAUCUGAACACACACAGACCCUCCCAACUCCUGGAUCAGGGAACCUUCCCCUUCUAAAGUCUAUUAUCGCACAGAGUGUGAGCUUUUGUUUUUUGGUGAAUAGAAAAGUCACAUAAUGGCUAGUAUCUAGUUUUGUCUAAGUAUAUCAGCACUUUAUAGUUUUUUUUUUUUUUU